UGUCCCUCGGACACAGCGGAUCACCAAUCCACGUAAAGAGCCGAAGAUGUCGGCUCGGUCUGUGAUCAGCUCUGUCCAAUCACAGCUGAUCACUGUCACGCUGACAGCUCGUGAGGAGAGGAGAGCCGGUAAUCGGCAUUCCUCGGAGGGGACAUGUACACAGAUCAGAGCACUGAUGAUCAGUGUGCCCUGAUGAUCUGUGUAGCCCCAGCAGCGCCACCUGUCAGUGUCCAUCAGUGCCAGCUCUCAGCGCUCAUCCAUGCCACCUGCCAGUGCCCAUCAGUGCCCAUCUGAGCUGCCUUUCAGUGUCACCCAUCAGUACCGCCUUUCAGUGUCACCCAUCAGUACCACCUAUCAGUGCCAGUCAGUGCCGCCUAGCAGUGCCAGUCAAUGCUGCCUACCAGUGCCGCCUAACAGUGCCAAUCAGUGCCGCCUAUCAGUG